GUGAUUCUUUUCUUGCAGUCUAUUUUAAUAUUUCAUAUCAGUAUGUGAAAUUAGUCACAUAGAACAAUCCAGAAUAAAUGGCUUUGAUUUUUACCCAAGGUUCGAAAUUAUUGUUAAGGCAUGUAUGCCUGACUGCAUCAUUGUCACAUAAAAUACAAACAGAAAAUUAUCACCUUUCGUCAUGCAAUAAUGGUAGAUAUGGCCACAGACUUGUAAAGCUAUGGGAACAAAAAGGAAAAUAUACAGCCGAGCCAAUAAAGGUUUGGCGAACUGGAGGGAGACUCCCUAUGGGCCCUGAUAAACUUCCUGGGACGAAAUGGACAGCAAAAAUUGGGGGAGGACUUCCGCGGCAAUUUUUCUGGGUUCAGCAUAAAAGAUUAACGAAGUCAGACGUUGAAAAUGAACUUCUAUAUUUUGAACGUGUUAUGCUUAUAAAAGAAGAUGACAAUCGUUCUGGAUAUAUAGCAUUAGUUGGUGGUCCCAUGAUUCGAAGAUGGAUUCUUGCUACCGACGAAAUGAAAGUAGGCGAUGUUGUAAAAAACUGUGCAAAAUUAGAAGCUGGUGUGUUCAAUGGAAAAAGUGGUGACGCAUAUCCUUUAAAAUUAAUACCAACAGGUACAAACGUUUGUUCUGUUGAAAUGUACCCGGGUAAAGGUGCAAAAUUAUCAAGAUCUGCUGGGAAUACAUGUAAAUUGUUACGAAAAACUCAAGACACUGCUAUUUUACAACUUCCUUCUGGCCGAGAAGUAAGUGUACAUCAAGACUGUGUGGCUGUAAUAGGUCGUGUAUCAAAUAUUGAACACGAAGAUGAAAUUUGGGGAAGUGCAGAAAGAAAAUUUGAAUAUGGUAUGCGACCAGGUUCAGGACUUUGGCACAGAAAAGAUGGCAGACAUGGCAGAAAAAUUCAUCCAAAGAAACCAAUGGUAGUCUAUGACCAAGCUAAAGUUUUAAAACAAAAGAAAUCACUAGAGGACUAGAUUAUUAUUCGGUUCUCUCUGCUUUGAGAAUAAAUUUUGGGUGAUACUACAGCAUGGAGUUUAUACCAUACAAUAUCGCGAGGUCUACCCUAAAGACGAUUUUCUUCUUUUUAUAAGGUCAGGCCAUGGGGGUCACCUCAGACAGCUCCUGGGUAGAUGACAUAUGGGAGUAGUCAUCGCGCUAUACUGGCACCAAAAUUUGUCACUUGAUGGUUAACUCAUUUAGUUAAUGGUUUAUGCAAGUGAAGAGUCUCUGUUCUAGAAUGAGAUAUUCUGUGGAUUUGUAGUCACAAAUAUCAUUCCUGAACAUGGUUAUUGGGUUGCAGAUGAAUAAGAAAGUGUGGAAAGAUUCUUAUUAUAAUGUGUUUCAAUUUGAAGAGGAAAAACAGUUGUUAUGUUUAUUCAUCUAUAGUGUGUUAAUUAGUUGGGCUCAUAAUACAUAAACACCAGUUAUGUAUUCUUUUUAAUGAAUCGUUUUGUAAAGAAAUAUAAAUGGAAUUUGCCUGUUAAUUACAAUAGUAGUCAAGUCAAUUUUUUCAAACUGAAUUAUCGAUAACAUAUUCUUUGAGUCGAUAAAAGUUGUAAUUUCUAUGUCGGCCACAUUGUUUUGGGUUUUCUAAGUAUGUUUAUUUUUGGCACAUAUAGUGAAAAUAAGAUUUCUUCUUUAAAAUAAUAUAGUAAAGUCCAAUUUUGAUUAAUCAUACUCAUUUUUUUAUUUAAUUUUUGAG